UGGACAUUAAAAUCUUUUCAUAACUAUAAAAACCUCACGAGAAGUCCUCUAAAAAAACCCCAUUUUUCUGUCCCUGCCAUUAACACAGAUCUCAUAAGAUCCGCAAGUUCUGCCAAUUCUCGGAGAGUACUUAUCACAAUGUUUAGGAGAAAACCUACUUCGAGAUUCAUCUAUUUCACCUUGACCCUUCUCUUGUUGUUGGGUCUUUUUACUUUCAUAUUGGCUUCUGAUCCCGUUACCACUGACAAUGGCGACGAAGAUUCAGAGGGCAUUGAAGAAUUGUUGGCAUUGGACGACGAAGUAGAGCAAGAAGAAGUACAAGGAGGAAUUAGUGGUAGUAGUAGUUUUAGUAGUGUGAGGUCAUCGGAAGCUGAGGUCGUAUCCAAGGCUCAAAGAAUUGUCCUUGAGCUUAACGGUGAUAACACCAAGCGGGUCAUUGAUAACAAUGAGUUCGUUCUGGUUCUGGGUUAUGCUCCUUGGUGCCCCAGGAGUGCAGAGCUUAUGCCUCAGUUUGCCGAGGCUGCUACUUUGCUCAAGGAAUUGGGGAGUCCCCUUUUGAUGACCAAGCUUGAUGCCGAUCGGUACCCGAAAGCCGCCUCGCUUCUUCAGAUCAAAGGGUUCCCUACUCUUCUUCUGUUUAUCAAUGGGACCGCUCAAGCUUAUACUGGUGGAUUUUCUGCGGGAGAAAUAGUUAUAUGGGCAAGGAAAAAGAUUGGUGCUCCAGUUAUAAGAGUAACCUCAAGGAUAGUGGCAGAAGAAGUUCUCAAGAAAUACCAAACGUUUGUUAUUGGAUUUUUCGAAAGCUUUGAGGGACCUGAUUAUGAAGAAUUCGUGAAGGCAGCAACGGCUGACAAUGAAUUACAAUUUUUUGAAGUGAGCAACAUUGAGGUUGCCAAUGUCCUGUUCCCACAAAUUAAAGCUACCAAUAAGUUUCUUGGUAUCGUUAAAAGUGAGCCGGAAAGAUAUACAGCAUAUGAAGAGACCACCUUUGAGAUGGAGAAGUUGCUUCAGUUUUUGAGCUACAACAAGUUUCCUUUGGUUACCAAACUGACUGAGAUCAAUUCUGCCAGUGUUUACUCCAGUCCUAUUAAACUUCAGGUUAUUGCUUUUGCUGAGGAGGAUGAGUUUAAAAAAAUUCGUCAGCCUCUUCAAGAUGUUGCAAGAAAGUUUAAGUCGAAGAUAUUGUUUAUUUAUAUCGACAUCACUGAUGAAAAUCUUGCGAAACCCUUUUUGACCUUAUAUGGUCUUGAAGAAUCAAAGAACACCAUGUUGAUUGCUUUUGAUAGCACAUUCAGCUCUAAGUUUCUCCUUGAGUCAGAUCUGUCACCUAGUAACGUUGAAGAUUUCUGCUCCGGGCUUCUGCAUGGUACUCUUCCUCCAUACUUCAAAUCACAGCCUAUUCCAGAUAAUGAAAAUGCAACCAUUCUGAGCAUUGUUGGAAAAACAUUUGAUGAUUUGGUUUUGAAUGAUCCCAAGAAUGUACUUCUGGAGGUUUUUACCCCAUGGUGCGCUAAUUGCGAGACUACAAGCAAGCAUGUUGAGAAGUUGGCUAAACACUUCAAAGGUUCGGAUCUGAUCUUUGCAAGAUUUGACGCCUCUGCAAAUGAACAUCCAAAACUGCAGGUUGAUGACUAUCCAACACUCUUGUUUUACAGAGCUGGUGAUAAAUCGAAUCCGAUUAAACUUUCCACAAAAUCCAGCUUGAAGGACUUGGCAGGAUCCAUCAAUAAAAACUUGAAGACCAGAGAAAAAGUCGCAAAAGACGAAUUAUAGAAAGAAAAAAAAAAUACUUAUCAGUAUACUUAGAAUCUGAUAUGGAAAAGAUAGUGAAUUAAUUUUGUAACCAGUAAAUACUAUGGGUUACUUUCUAAGUUAAUAUUGCAAAGUUUUAAUUAGGUUUUUUUAA